AUGCAUCUGCUGCCCAAAGAGCGGGAUAAGCUUAUCCUGCGCGAGAUCGGCCUGCUGGCCCAGCAGCGCCUGUCGCGCGGGAUUCGACUGAAUAUGACCGAGGCGAUCGCGCUCCUCUCGGUUGUGCUCCAGGAGCACAUUCGCGACGGAACCAACACCGUUGCUGCGCUGAUGCAGCACGGCAAGACGAUCCUCGGCUACCGUCACGUCAAACCCGGUGUCUCACAAAUUCUGCACGAGGUCAUGGUCGAGGGCACCUUUGUCGACGGCACAUUCCUGGUCACGCUCGUGGAUCCGAUCUGUUCGCCCAACGGCAACCUCGAGGCGGCGCUGUACGGCUCGGGCCUCGCCGUGCCGAGCCCCGAUCUCUUUCCGAGGCUCUCGGGUCCCGAAGGCCCGGUGCCAGGCGAGGUCAUUCCGGCCAAUGCCUCUCCGAUCGUGCUCUUCCCGGACCAUGCGCGUGUCUUUGUGCGCAUGACCAACACCGGCGACCGUGCGGUGCAGAUCGGCUCGCACUAUCCGCUCCUCAAGUCGAACCGUGCCAUGGUUUUUCCCCGUGAGCUCGUCGAGGGCCGCAAGCUCGACAUUGCGGCCGGCACGGCCAUCCGCUUCGAGCCGGGCGACUCGAAGAAGGUGACGCUCGUGGAUACCGGCUGGCGUCACGCCGAUCAUGACCUCCGCCAGCGUGUGAAGCAAGAUAUCCAGAUCGAGUCGCCCAAGCCAUUCGAAAUGAGCCGCGCGGCGUACGCGACAAUGUACGGCCCGACGACUGGCGACCGUGUGCGUCUGGGCGACACGGACCUCUGGGCGGUCGUCGAAAAAGACUAUGCAGUGUACGGCGACGAGUGCACAUUUGGCGGCGGAAAGGUCUUGCGUGACGGGAUGGGCCAGGCGACGGGAUGGCCCGCACGCUACGUGCUUGACACGGUCGUGACCAACUGCCUAAUCAUCGACUAUACCGGCAUCAUCAAGGCAGAUAUCGGUAUCAAAGACGGCAUGAUUGUCGGCAUCGGCAAAGCCGGCAAUCCCGACUCGAUGAAGGGCGUCACGCCGCAUAUGGUCGUCGGCUCGUGCACCGAGGUGAUUGCGGGCGAAGGCCUCAUCACGACCGCCGGCGCGAUCGACUCACACGUGCACUUUCUCUCGAUGGACAUGUGCGAAGAAGGCCUGGCAUCUGGCACCACGACGCUCAUUGGUGGUGGCACAGGCCCUGCGGCCGGCUCGCGCGCGACGACGUGCACGCCCGGCCCGUGGCACAUCAAAAAGAUGCUGCAAGCCACCGAUUCCCUGCCGAUGAAUGUGCUGUUUAGCGGCAAAGGCAACGACUCCAAGCCCCAGGGCCUGAUCGAUCAGGUCAAGGCCGGUGCCGGCGCACUCAAGGUCCACGAGGACUGGGGCGCGACGCUUGACGUGAUCAACACGUGCUUGGAGGUGUGCGACACGUACGACAUCCAAUGCGCGAUCCACACCGACUCCCUGAACGAGACCGGCUUUGUGGAGGCGACGCUCAACGCGAUCAACGGCCGGGCGAUCCACACGUACCACUCGGAAGGCGCCGGUGGCGGUCACGCCCCCGAUCUGAUCCGUGUCGUGGGCGAGUCAAAUAUCAUGCCAUCCUCGACGAACCCCACGCGGCCGUACUGUGUCAACACGCUGGACGAGCACCUCGACAUGCUCAUGGUGUGCCAUCACCUGUCCAAGAGCAUUGCUGAGGACGUGUCGUUUGCCGACUCGCGUAUCCGUGCCGAGACGAUCGCCGCCGAGGACGUGCUACAGGACAUGGGCGCGAUCAGCAUGAUGAGCUCUGAUUCGCAGGCGAUGGGCCGCAUCGGCGAGGUCGUCUCGCGGACGUGGCGCACGGCGAACAAGAUGAAGAACCAGCGUGGCCCGCUGCGUGCCGGCGGCGCAGUCGAGCGCGACACGAUGGUGCGCGACAAUGAGCGCAUCAAGCGCUACGUCGCCAAGUAUACCAUCAACCCCGCGAUCACGCACGGCGUGUCGCACCUGAUCGGCUCGGUCGAGGUCGGAAAGCUCGCAGACCUUGUGCUGUACCGCCCCGACAACUUUGGCACGCGCCCCGAAACGGUGAUCAAAGGCGGGCAGAUUGUCAUGAGCAACAUUGGCGAGUCGAACGGCAGCAUUCCUACGGUGCAGCCGAUCUACCUGCGCAAGACCUGGGGCUCCCAGCCCGAGUGCGCAGCGGAAAACAGCAUCGCGUUUGUGAGCAAGACCAGCCUGCAAAAUGUUGCCGCCUACGGCUUAAGGAAGCGUGUCGAGGCCGUAAAGGGAUGCCGCCACAUUGGCAAAGAGGACAUGAAACUGAACACGGCGACGCCGCGCAUCCGUGUCAACCCCGAAACCUACGAGGUGUUUGCCGACGGGCACCUGGCUUCUGUGCCCCCCGCCACGGAGCUCGCCUUGACGCAGGGCGCGUGUGUUUUCUAA